CGGCCCCCGUCCACGCUAAUCACAGUGUCUCUCUGCGUAUGCGUGUGUUCCUGGCUGCAGCACAGCAGUGAGGAUAUGUAGCUUCCUGUGCGCUGCUAGGCAGCACAAGCUCAUUCUGCCGCAUGCCGCUUACUGCCACCAUUACGCAGAGGAAUUCCCUGCUGUCUCCGCUACUGCUGUUCAUAGAGAGUGAGAGCGUUGGCUAGAGAGAGGAGGAGAAGAGAGAGGAGACAUGCAGCAAAGCAACACUGGCAGAUAGAGGACACAGCUGGAGUUCAUAUUGGAUUUUACAUGAAGAUGUGCAGCGUUUGUUUACGAGGAAAUCUCUCUGUUUAUCGGAUUUAUUGCUGACGUUUGUGCUCCUGAAUUGCGCACGUAUGUAAGAGGGAACACAGUGUAUUUAUGUGUGAGAGAGAGUGUGAGUGAUUGUGUCUGUGUGUGUGUGUGUUUGUUCCUGAUGCGGUCAGAGCGGGCUAGUCGUGUGUGUAUCGUGGUGCUGGAGGAGGUGGAGGAGGAUGAGCCCUCCUCUUCACCCCCAUCUCCCCGGCCCAAAUCAUCCCCAGAACGCAGAUCCCAUCAUGCCUCUCGAAGGGCUGCCGCUCAGGAGGACAAGCCGUCUCUGUUAAGAGCCAUCUUCAACGUGGACCCAGAUGAAGUUCGCUCCCUCAUAUUCAAGAAAGAGGAUGUCAACAUUCAGGACAAUGAAAAGAGGACGCCUCUUCACGCUGCAGCCUACCUGGGAGACGCUGAGAUCAUUGAACUGCUCAUCCUCUCAGGAGCCAGAGUUAAUGCCAAAGAUAACAAGUGGUUGACUCCUCUUCACCGAGCUGUCGCCUCUUGUAGUGAGGAUGCGGUGUCAGUGUUGCUGAAGCACAGUGCGGAUGUUAACGCCCGAGACAAGAACUGGCAGACGCCGCUCCAUGUUGCAGCUAGCAACAAGGCAGUGCGUUGUGCCGAGGCUUUGGUCCCGCUGCUUAGCAACGUCAAUGUGUCUGACCGGGCGGGACGCACUGCCCUGCACCACGCUGCCUUCAGUGGACAUGUAGAGAUGGUGAAGUUGCUGCUGUCUCGAGGAGCUAACAUUAAUGCAUUUGACAAGAAGGACAGGAGAGCCAUCCACUGGGCAGCCUACAUGGGUCACCUGGAGGUGGUGAAGUUAUUGGUAGCCAGUGGAGCAGAGGUCGACUGUAAGGACAAAAAAGCCUACACCCCGCUCCAUGCAGCUGCCUCCAGUGGCAUGAGCAGCACCGUGCACUACCUGCUGAGCCUUGGGGUCCACGUCAAUGAGGUGAACGGCUAUGGCAACACUCCGCUCCAUUUGGCCUGUUACAAUGGACAGGAUGUGGUGGUCAGUGAGCUUAUAGAGGCAGGGGCCAACGUCAACCAGGUGAAUGAGAGGGGUUUUUCUGCUCUCCACUUUGCCUCCUCUUCACGCCAGGGGGCGCUGUGUCAGGAGCUGCUGUUGGCCCACGGAGCUCACAUCAACAUGCGGAGUAAGGAUGGUAAGACUCCCCUCCACAUGGCAGCUACACAUGGAAGGUUCUCCUGCUCUCAGGCUCUCAUCCAAAAUGGAGCUGAGAUUGAUUGUGAGGACAAGAGCAGAAACACUGCCCUUCACAUCUCUGCCCGCUAUGGCCAUGAGCUCAUCAUCACAGCACUCAUCAAACACGGAGCCAACACCACCAAGAGAGGCAUCCAUGGGAUGUUCCCUCUACACCUGGCAGCUCUCAGCGGCUUCUCAGAUUGCUGCAGGAAGCUGCUGUCCUCAGGGUUUGACAUAGACACCGCUGAUGACUUUGGAAGGACCUGUCUAGCAAGCAUCAACGAGCUGGACCAGAGAGGCUGCAGCCCCCUGCACUACGCUGCUGCAGCUGACACGGAUGGAAAGUGUGUGGAGUACCUGUUGAGGAACGAUGCUGAUCCAGGAGUGCGAGACGGACAGGGUUACAGUGCGGUGCACUAUGCCUCAGCUUAUGGACGCACACUCUGCCUGGAACUGAUGGCAAGUGAAACACCUCUUGAUGUGUUAAUGGAAACAUCAGGAACAGACAUGCUGAGUGACUCAGAGAGCCAGGCCCCCGUCAGUCCACUCCACCUGGCGGCGUACCAUGGACACUGUGGAGCUUUAGAGGUUCUGUUGUCGUCCCUGUUGGAAGUGGAUGUUUGCAGCCCAGAGGGCCGGACCCCUCUCAGCCUGGCCAGCUCCAAGGGUCACCAGGAGUGUGUCUCCCUGCUGCUGCACCAUGGCUCCUCACCCAUGACCCGGGACUACACACACAAAAAGACAGCCAUACAUGCUGCAGCUAUGAAUGGCCACCCAGAGUGCCUGCGCCUGCUCAUGAGCAACAACGGCCAACACAUUAAUGUGGACAUACAAGACACCAACGGACAGACUCCUCUGAUGUUGGCAGUGCUGAAUGGACACACAGAGUGUGUGUACUCAUUACUCAGUCAGGGAGCCACUGUGGAGCUUCAGGACCGCUGGGGGAGGACGGCACUACACCGAGGGGCGGUGACAGGCCAGGAGGAGAGUGUGGACGCCCUCCUCCAGCGGGGGGCCAGUGUGUGUGUCCGAGACAUCCGGGGCCGUUCCCCUGUUCACCUGGCAUCCGCUUGCGGCCGUGUGGGUGUCCUGGGUGCCCUGCUGCAGGCCACCGUCACCACCUCACACAAUCAGACACACCUCACUGACAACCAGGGCUACACCCCACUGCACUGGGCCUGCUACAACGGAUACGAUGCUUGUGUGGAGGUGUUGUUAGACCAGGAGGUGUUCAAGAAGAUUAAGGGCAACUCUUUCAGCCCACUGCACUGUGCUGUUAUGAGCGAUAACGAGGGAGUGGCUGAGAUGUUAAUUGACUCCCUGGGCACAACUAUUGUUAACACCAUUGACCCCAAGGGCAGGACCCCCCUUCACGCUGCAGCUUUCUCCGACCAUGUGGAGUGUGUUUCCCUUCUGCUGAGCCACGGAGCUCAGGCUAACGUAGUCGACACACACACACACUGCACACCGCUGAUGAUGGCAGCUGUAAACGGACAGACCAAUACUGUGGAGAUGUUGGUGAGCAGUGCUAAAGCAGACUUCACACUACAGGAUACAAACAGGAACACAGCAUUACAUCUGGCGUGCAGCAAGGGUCAUGAGACGAGUGCCUUGUUGAUUCUAGAGAAGAUCAGCGACAAGAACCUCAUCAACUGCACCAAUACUUCUCUCCAGACGCCCCUGCAUGUAGCUGCCAGGAAGGGAUUGACGGUGGUGGUGCAGGAGCUGCUGGGGAAAGGAGCCAGUGUGUUAGCAGUGGACGAGAACGGUUACACUCCAGCUCUGGCCUGCGCUCCCAACCGUGAUGUGGCCGACUGUCUGGCGCUCAUCCUCAACUCCAUGAUGCCCACCUCCCCUAUGGUCACCAUAGCAGCUUUGCCUGCACAUUCUCUCACUCAGACAGUCAUCAACCACCACCCGACCAACAACCACGUCUCCAAAGGCGUGGCCUUCGACACCCUUCCCCCUCUGAGGCCUGACCUUGCCUCCUACUGCAGACCGGAGCGCCCGCUGUCCUCCAUCACUGGGGACGAUGAACUGAAUGACUCAGAUUCAGAGACGUACUGAGGACCUGCUAUUGGACAGAGCCCCACAAUACUGGCAGGCUAGCCAGCCACUCAGGAGCCUUAAUAGACCACUGACAAGGAGCUACAAGAGAGAAAAGAGGGAGAAGAUAGAGCCAGUGUGCAGAUUAUUUUUAGGUAAACUACUUCAAAUCUAAAAAUAACCCCUUGUAGUAAACCACGUUUGUUUCCUUAAGGUGCAGACUCAUGGGGGUGGAAAAUAAUGUACUAAAAUAUAGAAUAAGGUGAAUACGCACUACAUUUCUCUCAGACAGCAUCACUGUAUGGUCAGUAACAUGGCCUGUGUCUUUUUUUAAUUUAAAGCAAUGUUGUUUUUCUUUUUAAAUGAAGCUCCUACUCUUUGCUCAUACUUUAUAGAGGGCUUACCUUUUCCACAGUUUUCCUUCAACUAUUACUACUAGAAGAGCAUCUACUGAAAAAAAAAAAAGCUUCAGAAGACUCCUUUUUUUGGCACGAUUGUCUAAAGAAAAAAAAACGAGGGACAAUCUUAUGGGACCAGGAGAUUGAUUAUUGUUUUCUCAACUGUGCUUUUUGAGUUUUUAUUAAGAGCCUUCAUGGCAGACACUGGUGGCUGUCAGUCACGCACAUUUGUGAUGCUGGGUCAUUGUUAUUGAACCACUUUUCAAUUCCUAGGAGAGGAAAUCACUAUUGAAUCCUAUGAAUUUAUUCCAAGUGGAGACUGAGGACGGCAGGUGGAUGUAAGACCCAUUUACUGUACGAUGAUUGGUCCAGGAGUCGGAUGAUUGACGACCCGAAUGAGUGGCUCAAGGAACUUUGAACUUGCAAUGCUGUAACUACUCAAUGUCUGUACUGUGUGUGUGUGUGUGUGUGUGUGUGUGUGUGUGUGUGUGUGUGUGUGUGUGUGUGUGUGUGUGUGUGUGUGUGUGUGUGUGUGUGUGUGUGUGUGUGUGUGUGUGUGUGUGUGUGUGUGUGUGUGUGUGUGAGAGAUAAAUAAAUAUUGCCUUUUUAGGAACAAGCAACUUUCAGGCACAGGAUGAACGCUACUGGUGCAAUGUUUGUAAAGAUUAAGUAAUGAACAAAUAAAGAUAUUUGUUUCUGA